GCACCCCUGCCCGCGCCCGCCGUCGCCGCUGCCGCCCGGCCCGGUCCGAGCAUGGAGACGGCGGAGAAGGAGUGCGGCGCCCUGGGCGGGCUCUUCCAGGCCAUCGUCAACGACAUGAAGAGCUCCUACCCUAUCUGGGAGGACUUCAACUCCAAGGCCACGAAGCUGCAUUCCCAGCUGAGGACCACUGUGCUGGCUGCUGUGGCCUUCUUGGAUGCCUUCCAGAAAGUGGCUGACAUGGCCACCAACACCCGAGGGGCCACACGGGACAUUGGCUCAGCGCUCACGCGCAUGUGCAUGCGCCACCGCAGCAUCGAGACCAAGCUGCGGCAAUUCACCAAUGCGCUGCUGGAGAGCCUCAUCAACCCGCUGCAGGAGCGCAUCGAGGACUGGAAGAAGUCUGCCAACCAGCUGGACAAGGACCAUGCAAAAGAGUACAAACGAGCCCGGCAUGAGAUCAAGAAAAAGUCUUCAGACACACUGAAGCUGCAGAAGAAAGCGCGCAAAGAGCUACUUGGGAAAGGAGAUCUGCAGCCCCAGCUGGACAGUGCCCUGCAGGACGUCAAUGACAUGUACCUGCUGCUGGAGGAGACAGAGAAGCAGGCAGUGCGCCGGGCCCUGAUCGAGGAGCGCGGGCGUUUCUGUACCUUCAUCACUUUCCUGCAGCCUGUGGUGAACGGCGAGCUGACCAUGCUGGGAGAGAUCACCCACCUGCAAGGCAUCAUCGACGACCUGGUGGUGCUGACUGCGGAGCCCCACAAGCUGCCCCCCGCCAGCGAGCAGGUAAUCAAAGACCUGAAGGGCUCAGACUAUAGCUGGUCCUACCAGACGCCCCCAUCGUCACCCAGCGGCUCUGGCUCUCGGAAGUCCAGCAUGUGCAGUGCCCCCAGCAGCGGUAGCAGUGCCAAGGGUGGCGGAACCCCAUGGCCUGGGGGUGCCCAAACAUACUCACCCAGUUCCACCUGUCGCUACCGCAGCCUGGCACAGCCAGCCACCGCCGCUGCCCGCCUCUCCAGCGUCUCCUCCCACGACUCUGGCUUCGUCUCCCAGGAUGCCACCUACUCCAAGCCCCCCUCACCCAUGCCUUCAGACAUCACCAGCCAGAAGUCCUCCAGCUCUGCGUCCUCGGAGGCCUCGGAAACCUGCCAGUCGGUUAGCGAGUGCAGCUCCCCCACCUCGGACUGGGCCAAAGCAGGCCCCCACGAGCAGCCCUCAGGCACUAGCCUGCAGAGGAGGAAGGACCGAGUGGAACACCCCCGGGACACAGAGCCAAGCCUGGCCAGCGGGGGCACCCUGGGCCCCAGUGGAGAGGAGGCACCAAGACCCCGCAUGUCCCCUGCCACGAUUGCAGCCAAGCACGGCGAGGAGGUGUCCCCCGCGGCCAGCGACCUGGCCAUGGUGCUGACCCGCGGCCUGAGCCUGGAGCAUCAGAAGAGCAGCCGGGACUCGCUGCAGUAUUCCAGUGGCUACAGCACGCAGACCACCACGCCGUCCUGCUCCGAGGAUACCAUCCCCUCCCAAGGCUCCGACUACGACUGCUACUCGGUGAACGGGGACGCAGACGGAGAGGGCCCCGCCGAGUUCGACAAGUCAUCCACCAUCCCCCGCAACAGCAACAUCGCCCAGAACUAUCGCCGCCUGAUCCAGACCAAGCGCCCGGCCUCCACCGCGGGGCUGCCCAGCGCUUCGGGCGCGCCCCCCGGCGUGGCCACCAUCCGCCGCCCGGCCCCCGAGGCAGCCAGCUACCCCGGGCUGGAGGACGACGCCGAGCAGCAGCAGCUGGCCGCCAACCGGCACAGCCUGGUGGAGAAGCUCGGGGAACUGGUGGCCGGCGCCCACGCGCUGGGCGAGGGCCAGUUCCCCUUUCCCACGGCCCUGACCGCCACCCCAGCCGCGGAGACGCCCAGCCCGCCCCCGGCCGCCUCCGGCGACCCCCCGGCCGAAGACAUGCUGGUGGCCAUCCGGCGCGGGGUGCGGCUCCGCAGGACCGUCACCAACGACAGGUCGGCGCCCCGCAUCGUGUGAUGGUGCCGCCUCCCUGCCCGGCUGGUGAACUGCGGCUGCUCAGAGCACAGGCAACAGCGAGGGAAGAGCAGAGCCAGGCAAGCUUUCGGUUUUUCAUUUUUUUAAGUCAUGCAAGGAAAAGCCACUUGAUGGAAAGAGACACUCACGUUGGAUUUCCACAUUUAAACAGGAAGUGACUUCUUGAACAGAGCUCGCCAGCUCUGAGCUUGCAGGCCUUGAACUGGAUGUGGAGCCUGUUUUAUACGUUUCUCACCUGCUCUGCCCCUCCUCUUCCACAGGCCCUGCCUUUUCCACAUCUCCAGGGGCCCGGCCUGGGCCGCAGUGCCACAGCUUAGCUGACCUGACUCCGCUUCUCCCCUCAGUCGUGCCCGGGGCUUCUCCUGAAUGCGGGCCCCCACUGCCCUCUACCAGGCCCCUCUCCUUCCUCUCCCUUCUCCGCCCCUGCCCCAGGCUCCUCUCAAGCAGGGAGGCGGGCUGUGUGUGGAGGGGCCAGGCACCCAAUCGGCUGCAGUGUCAGAUUUGACUGAGAAGCUCCAGCGAGCAGCAGGUGGGGGGCACACUGAAGUUGGGAGGCACAGCCUGCUGGGGAGGAAGGAGCCCCACGGGCCCAGGGGACCUGCACAGAGGAUGCCGGGGGCCCUGAGGUGGCUUACCGUCCUAGCUUGCCCUCCUGUGGGAGGUGCGGCCAGGGUUGAGGGGCAGGGAAGGAGUCCAGAGGCCUGAGGGUCAGAUGUGUGGUCCUCGUCUGGGCACAUUGAGACUUUAACUCGGGUGGCACUUUGGUCACAGUUUCGGCCACCUUUGGAGAUAGGGGCUGGAGUUGCAUAGAGGUGUGGGGGGUUAUUUUAUGGACAUAAUAAAAUAGAGCUGACUGGA